UAAGCCACCGUGAUCCCCACAAACAUUCUGUUAUUGUUGUCUGCGUCUCAACAGUUGCGACGCAAUUAAGUAAGGAUUUUAAAGGCUUUGAAGACAUAUUUUUGAUAAAUUGUAGCUCCUGAUUAGUUAAAAAUGUUCGCCAGAAAGAAGCCAGAGCCAGCGAAGCGAAGGCAACACGAUUUAUCCCAGUUUGGCCUUACGGAAAUCCCGGAUGAUUUUGAUCCCAGCGCUGGGUACGGAGACGAUGACGGUGGCGACAGCGAUCUGGAGGCGGAACUGGCUGCCAUCGCCGGCGGAGGAGCCAGGCCAAAACCCAAACCGAAAGCAAAGUUAGUCCCCGCCAGUGACUUGGACAAAAUGAUCGCCGACAGCUUGCGUGACGUGAGUGACGACGAUAAUGAUGAUGACCUAGAAAACGACUCGGAUUUGCUGGGCGAGCUAAGUGGAAUUGGAGGAGUAGAGGAGCCAGAGGAGGAGUCUGCAGCCCAACCAAAAUCUGCCAGUGAGGAGCCCGUCCAAACCUUCUUGCCCACUACUACGGUGGACACCUUGAGCAUCAUUAAGCAGCGCCUCGAAAUGUACAAGCUAGCCGAAGCGAAUGCCAAGGCUGCCGGAGAAUCGGGAAAGGCAAGGCGUUUUGGAAGGGGUCUAAAGACCCUGCAGGAUUUACAUAAACAGGCUGCAGCCGGCAAGCCCAUCAACGUGGAUGAUAUUCCGCCGGAAGUCAGUGUAAAGCCAGCUGGUGGACAGGCUCCCCCGGAGGCUGCACAGGAAUCACCCGCUUCUACUCCAGCUUCCCCUCCACCUGUUCCAAAUCGGCCAGCUCCAGCUCCACCAACUCCGACUACACCAGUGGCUCCCACCAGCUCUGUGGCACCUACCACUCCUCCAAAUCCUCUGGUGGCACAAAUGCGCAGUCGCCAAAACGAAUACAAAGCGGCCGCCCUGCAAUCAAAACGAAGUGGGGACACUGCCACUGCCCUUCAGUUCCUCAAAGUGGUAAAACAGUUUGAUGUUGUGGUAAAGAUGUGUGAAGACGGUCAAGAAGUUGAUCUCAGCGAUAUGCCGCCUCCGCCAGCUGAGUUCCUGGAAUUCCUAAACAAGCUGAAGGAGGGAGCAGCACCGGAAGCGCCAUCUGAACCUGUUCCUGAGCCAGCUCCAGCACCUGUUGCACCUGCUCCUGUUCCAGCUGCAGCUACAAACAUGCUGGAGGCUCUGCAGCAACGUUUGGAAAAGUAUCAAUCCGUGGAGGCGGCUGCCAAGGCAGAAAACAAUUCGGGAAAGGCAAGGCGCUUUGGAAGGAUUGUUAAGCAAUACGAAGAUGCCAUUAAAUUGUACAAGGCGGGCAAAACUGUGCCUUAUGACGAACUCCCUGUUCCGCCCGGUUUCGGUCCCCUGCCCACGGGGGAUGCAGCUCCAGCAGCACCAACUCCUUUGCUACGUACUUCUCCCACAUCACCGCCAGCAACGGCAAGUACAUCUGCCGGGGGAACUCCUUCUAGUUCCAGUGCAACUACGCCUACAGCUCCUCGAAAAGCGCCUUCUCCUCCACAAGCCAAGGAGCUGACCACCCGCACUUCUGGCAAUCAGCAGAAGAACAAUCUCGCCGAGCAACAAAUGAAACUGCUUCUCGAGCGUCAAAAGGAGUUUAAGCUGGCUGCUAUCGAGGCCAAAAAAGCGGGAGAGAUUGAUCAGGCCAAGGAGUAUCUGAAAAUCUUCAAGGGAUUUGAUUCGUUGCUUAAUGCGGCCAGCAGUGGGUUACCAGUGGAUCUCAGCACUCUACCGGUGCCACCUUCCCAACGCGACAACCUGGAAGCCUCCUUCGCUAUUGUAUCCGCUGAAGAAUGCGAUCCCAACGAUGACAUUUGCGAGAUUGGUGUUCGUAUGGAGGAGCAGCUGGCCAAGCAGCUGAUGAUGUGCAAGAAUACCAGAGACCAUCACAAGGCAAUGGGCGAUGUUGCAGGCAUGAAUCGUUUCGAAAAUCUGGCCUUGACAGUCCAAAAAGAUUUGGAUUUGGUGCGAUACUCAAAGCGAAAGAAUGAACCACUGCCAAAGUUUCACUAUGAGAAGCGAAGUUUCAACAUUGUGCAUUGCAACACGGACCUUACGGACUGUGAACUGGAAAUUGUUGUGGUUCGGGGAAUCCACUACAACGUGGCCAAUCCAAAGGACGUCGACACCUAUGUCCGCGUAGAGUUUCCCCUUCUUAAUGAUGAAUCUUUUAAAACAAAAACUAAUGUUAUCAGGGACACCAGUAGUCCAGAUUACGAUGAGCGUUUCAAAGUUGAGAUUCAGCGAGGUAACCGCCAGUUCCAGAGAAUUUUCAAGCGCCACGGCGUUAAGUUUGAAAUAUAUUCCAGAGGCUGCAGUAUUGAUUGUUGUGGACUAAGUCGUAAACUGCCCCUGUGUUGUUUCAGAGGGUUCCUGCGUUCGGAUACAUUGAUUGGAACCGUAAAUGUCAAGCUGCAACCGUUGGAGACGAAAUGUGAUAUACACGAUACGUACGAUCUAAUGGAUGGCCGCAAGCAAGUGGGAGGCAAACUUGAAGUCAAAGUACGCGUUCGCAAUCCCAUCCUCACCAAGCAAAUCGAGCACAUCAACGAAAAGUGGUUGGUCCUGGACGCCUAAGGCUAAAAUGGACUUAGAUCUUUAAUAGUUUGCUUAAAGCGAAGAAUAUGUUAUAUUGUUUUACUAGAACAUGUCUCUUCGCGUUUGUUCUCGAUUAAGUUACUAAAUUAUUCCUUUGUAAAUACCCCCGCAGGGAAUUAAAAAUAUAUAUGUACGCUUUCGCCGAUUCCCUCGCAGGAUAAAGGCAUAUAUGUAUUACGAACACAACACAGAUAAUAUAUCUAUUUAUAUAUAUAUAUAUAAUGUAUAUAAGAUAUUGCCGGCGUUAAGGCGAAGGCGCAAGUCCAGAAGAUUGUGCCGGUGAAGUCAGUCCAUUCCCAGAGAGACAGAUAGAGAGUAGAAGGAGGUCCAUUAGCGCCCGGCCGAAGCCUGAUUAUGUUUGCUUGCACUUUAAAUAUGUUCUUUUGAUUUAUAAACGGUUUGUUCAACUACAACUCCAGGUAUUCCACUAUUUGCGAGUACGGGCUCGUUUGAUUAAAAACAUCCACUCCACGAACCUUAUAGAAACCUGUUAAGAAAAUGAAAAACAUUUGCCUUGAGGUCCAUUGAUAAAUGCUUUUUAUAUCAUAAAAUAAUUGAAAUUUGAAAAAAGUAGCUUUUGUAAACAUACAUUUACAUGCAAUAAAUCGUUUUAAAUUUAACGCAGUUUGAUUUGAA